UCCCGCUCUCACACAGCUGCCCUUCGCCGGAACCCAACGCCCCCUCCGGCGCGGGGACAACCGCUUCGUCCUUCAGCACGCAGCGGGCCGCCAAAGAAGGCCCGGCCCGUCAUCUUCCCGCCCAGCGAACCACGUGACUGGCUUCGCUGCAAGCGGGUUUUCCUUGUUUUUGACUUCAGCCGGCCACCGUCGCCUUCCCUAGCCGAGACCGCGAGGCCCCGCCUGCCAUUUUGUCGUCGCGGCUUCUGGACCUGCCGCUGCCUCCCGGGUCCGACGGAGCUCCGCCUGCCGGAGAUGGUGCUUCGACCCAAAGUAAUCAGUUGAGGAGCAAGCCCAGCCCUCUUUGACAGUCGGUGGUUAUGGCAGGGGGAAGAAGGGGACCCAAUCGGACGUCCUACUGCCGCAAUCCUCUCUGCGAAACGGGAGCUGCUGGGGGCCCUGGCCAUUCCACGAGUUCUUCCGUCACCAACGUGCGCUCCCGUACCAGGAGUGGUUCAGGGACAGGUCUUUCCAGCCCUCCUCUGGCAACUCAGACCGUGGUUCCUCUCCAGCACUGCAAGAUCCCAGAGCUGCCCUUGGAGAGGAGUAUCUUGUUUGAACUCCAGCUCCUCUUCUGCCACCUUAUCGCUCUCUUUGUCCACUACAUCAACAUCUACAAGACGGUGUGGUGGUACCCGCCGUCUCACCCUCCCUCCCAUACCUCAUUGAAUUUUCAUCUCAUCGACUUCAAUGUCCUGGCAGUGACAACCAUUGUUCUGGCAAGGAGGCUGAUUGGUGCUAUCAUGAAGGAGGUGAAGGAGGCUUCUCACACUGGCAGAGUCUCCUUGCCGCGCUCCAUCUUCCUGGUGGUCGCUCGUUAUGCUGUCCUCCUUGGGACAUGGUGGAGUCUGUGGCGAUCCAUCAUCCACCUCUUCAGGACAUAUUCACUACUCAACCUUUUGUUUUUGUGCUAUCCGUUUGGCAUGUACAUCCCCUUCCUGCAGCUGAACUGUGACUUUCGCAAGACUGGCCUUUUCUCCCAAGUGGCCAACAUUGGCCCCCGCGACACGGGCAACGUCGGCUCGAGGGGCAAGGACUACCUGUCGGCUCUCAAGGAGACCUGGAAGCAGCACACCCAGCAGCUGUAUGACAUGGAGGCCAUGCCCACCCACGCCUGCUGCCUCUCCCCAGAUCUGAUUCGCAACGAGGUGGAGUACUUGAAGAUGAACUUCAACUGGCGCAUGAAGGAGGUGCUGGUGAGCUCCAUGCUCAGCGCCUACUAUGUGGCGUUUGUGCCAGUCUGGUUUCUGAAGAACACCCAGUAUUAUGACAAGCAAUGGUCUUGUGAGCUGUUCCUCUUGGUCUCCAUCAGCACCUCUGUCAUCCUCAUGCAGCAUCUUCUUCCGGCCCGCUACUGUGACCUCCUUCACAAGGCUGCGGCACAUCUGGGCCGUUGGCAGAAGGUUGACCCAGCACUUUGCUCUAACAUGCUGCAGCAUCAGUGGACGGAGGAAUGCAUGUGGCCCCAAGGGGUGCUGGUGAAACAUAGCAAAAACGUCUACAAAGCCGUGGGCCACUACAAUGUGGCGGUGCCUUCGGACGUCUCCCACUUCCGCUUUCACUUCUUUUUCAGCAAGCCCCUGCGGAUCUUGAACAUCUUGAUUCUCCUCGAAGGGGCUGUCAUCUUCUACCAGCUCUACUCACUUAUCAUGUCGGAGAAGUGGCACCAGACCAUCUCGCUGGCCCUGAUCCUCUUCAGCAACUACUACGCCUUCUUCAAGCUUCUGCGGGACCGGCUGGUGCUGGGGAAAGCUUACUCGUAUUCUGCCACCAGAGAAACGGAUCAGAAGCUCAGCUGAAGGCGUCGCACCUGCAAGCGUAGAAGGAAAGAGAGAGAACCAACCCACAGCUUUGUUGGGGGCAGCCUGAGACGUUUCUGCCGCUCCAGGCGCCUUGCCCCACACUGCCUGAGAAGGGGCCCCAUGGGGUCACGGAGGGUGCGGGAGGGCAGGAUGCUUGGAUGAGGGGCAGUCAGGCCGGCCCUGAGCUCUGUAUGUUCUUUUUUUAAUUACUGCUUUCGGUUUGUUUUGUUCUUUGAUAACUGAUAUGAUGAGGUAAAUAUCUUAUUUUUAUACUCCCA